AGUUACAGUUAAACUGAAACCACUGAAUGACCAACAGGCUGAAUAUUUCUGCAGCAGAAACUCAUCCUGACAACAUUUCUGUCAGUCACUUGUUUAACUCAUUUCAUUAACUCAUAUUUUAUUAUUAUUAACUCAGUUUAUUUAGUACACUUCUGAGGUACUUUUACUUCCAUCUUGUACAUUGUGUACUUGUGUAAUAUAACUGCAAUUCACUGACCAGGUGGAAAGUGAGAGUGGAAAGACAGCGGGACUUUUUGUCUUUCUGUUUCCUGUUUCCUGUCUGGAAUAAAAGUCCUGAAGUCAGAUCAGCAGCAUGUUGGACACCCUGACACACAGCAGAGCUCAGUCUGCAGCCAUCAUCACCGUCAUCAUCAUCAUCAUCACCACCAUCUUCAUCAUGUUCAGCUGGACCAGCCUGCUCUUCAUCCUCUGCAGCGCCCUGACUCCUGCUCUGUGCUGUGAUUGGCUCAGUCACUACGGUCACCUGAGCAACACGUCUCUGACUCUCAUCCGCCUCAUGGGCGGUCAGCUGACUCAGCAGGAGAGUCCAGUUUCCUUUCCAUUCAAACUCUACGAACGCGUGCACAAGGAGGAGGUGAAGUCCCAGUUGGCUUUCAUCAGAGACAGCCUGGAGCUGAUUUCUGGUCUCUAUCGCCAUGACAACCUGUCCUCCGUUACCUGGGAUACCGACAAGACGGAUCACUUCCUGAUGUCCAUCGACAGACAGACGGAAGAGCUCAACACCUGCGUGCCCACUAACAGGCCAGCAGACAGCAAACUGAGAAAAUACUACAGGAGACUGGUCAGAAGUACUCUGUGCCGCACUGGUGGCAGUCCUGCGUCCUGGGAGCUGAUCAGGAAGGAGACUAAAGAGCACCUGCAGCAGUUGGACCUGCUGGUGUCGUCCAUCAGGAGGCGCUCUACAACAGCUCACCAGCAACACUGACACGUCCCGUCAGUCACUUUCACUGUCACCAACAUUUCCUGUUUCUCUGUGAGAGACGCUCUCUGAUUGGUCCUGCCGCCACUCUGUCUAUUUACUUAUUUAUUUAUUUAUUU